AUGAUUGCUAAAGUUGCUUUCCAUUUGCGAUGGUUGUCAGCCUCAUACUGUUGCUUGUACAACCUGUAUCUGCUCAAUUUGAUCGGUCCACUUGCGGAACGGAAAAGCAAUGUAUAUUUGUACCAGAAGGCUGUCAGUGCUUACGACAACGCUAACACAUACAUGGCAAUUGGAUUCUCUGACGACAACUCUAUGGGUAACGAUGCGGUCACGCAGUGCAAUUUCUACCCAAAUUCACAGCCAAGUGCUCAUUUCAGUUACAAUGUUGGAAAAUCUAACCAGCCUCUAAGUGAAUCUGAACAACAGGUAGACGAAAGAGGAAACUUGAUUCUUGCUCUCGCGCAAAAGGGAGAAUCUGGAAUGUACUGUUCUUUCAGACAAAGAGGUGGCAAUGGCAAUAUAAGACACGUUCCUAAUUUGAACAAUAGUUAUUACAUAUUUCUUGUACGAGGAGUGGCAAGGAGUCCUACAACUUUGAACAUGCACUCACUCAAUCCGUCAUCACCGGAUUUUCCGUACAUCUCGAGUUAUAGGAUAAGUGUUGCCCAAAAAGGUGUUUCUCCCAAUUCUCCCCAGUCAACAGAUACAUGGAUGAGUGCGGAUAGAAGACGAUGGCUGAUUAAAAUCCACGUAGCUGCUAUCUUCAUCGCAACAACGCAAGCUUUUGGUGCUUUAUGGUUCAACGUUACAUGGGCAAACGCUCUCAUAAUUGUAUACAUCGCCAUAGCAGUGCUUUGUUUCGUUGUGCUUCAGAUUCUAUCGUGCAUGAUGUCAAAACCGCCGAGCAAAAUAGCCAGUGCAACUGCUACUAUCUACUUCAUGUUUAUAUUGUUCUCAUUUUGUGUGGCUGUUUUGUUCGCGAUACUGAUGUGUAUAAGUAACAGUUCGUAG